AUGGCAGAUCCAUACAACGCUUACAGCUCACACUCAACGCCUACGCCGAGCGGGGCUGGCUACUAUCCCCCAGAGGAUCAGUCUCAGUACCCGGCCUAUGGCCACCAGCCGCCAUAUGGAAACCAAGAGCCAUAUCAUAACCCCGGACCACAGCCUUACCAGCCCAUUCAAACCCCAAACCAGGCCUACGCUCCACAGCAAAGUUCGUACCAUCUCGCGCCCGAGCCAUAUGGGUCUCCCACGGAGAGAAGCUAUACGCCGACAGGGCAGCCAGACUACCUUGGGCCAGUGACUCCGACAGGAUACGAACACGCGCAAGACAAAAUCCCCGGGAAUGCAGGAUACUACAACGACCAUCCAGCUGGCCAAUCACAGUACACACCCUCCGAAAGCCCCCACCGUCCCGCCGUGUAUGUAUCAGAGCCAGACGAUUCACAGCGCGGUGGCAUGGGCGAACAACGCUCCGAUACAGAAACCGACACUGACCGCGGUAUGGACCGUGGGCUUGGGGGCUCGCUCGCUGGUGGUGUUGCGGGCUAUUACCUCGGUCAUAAGAAGGAACAUGGCUUGCUGGGUGCGAUUGGUGGUGCUCUACUCGGAAACUUCCUGGAGGACAAGGUGAAGGACCAUUCGAGGCACCGCGAUGAGGAUGAGUACUGA